CGCACGCACGUACGCAGCGUGGGCAGAGCCGCGCCCGCCCGCGCCCUCCGUGGGAACAGAGCGCCCGGGCCGCAGCGCCGCGCGGGUCCUGGAGCCCAGCGCCUCUCCUGCCCUGGCUGCGCAGUCCCCGGGGCGGCCGAGCUCCCCCCAUGAGCCAGCACUUUGCGCGUGCGAACCUGCUGACAUGACCGAACCUGCGGAUGAUGAGCUGUCCUCCAGGACAGGGAGUCCAGAUGGGGAAGGUCUGGUCUCUGAGGACAGAUCCUUGCUCCAUCAGAGGCUGGCCGUCAGGGAGCUCGUCGACACCGAGGUCUCCUAUUUGCAUGUGCUCCAGCUCUGUGCCUCGGACAUCAGGGGCCGCCUGCAGCAGCUGCCACAGGAAGAGCUGGAUGUCCUGUUCUCCAACAUCGAUGACAUCAUCAAGGUGAAUAGCAGGCUGCUCCGUGAUCUGCAGGACGCAGCCUCCAGGGGAGAGGAGCAAGUGCGGCUGGUCGGUGACUUAUUCCUGGAAUUCCAAGAGGAGCUGGAGCAAGUCUAUAAGGUCUACUGUGCCAGCUACGAACAGGCCUUGCUGCUGGUGGAGAACUACCAGAAGGAUCCAGAGCUGCAGCAGGGGAUCCAGCGCACCAUCGAGGCGGUGCUGCCGCAAGCUGGACCCUCAGGCCUCAGUUUCUUGCUGGUAAAUCCUCUGCAGAGGGUUACCAAAUAUCCACUGUUGCUGCAGAAAAUUCUGGAGAACACACUCCCCGAUGCCAGUGCCUACCCCGUCCUUCAGAGGGCUGCCUCUGCCCUCCAGGACGUGGUCACCCACAUCAAUGAGUACAAGAGGCGCAAAGAAGUGGCUUCCAGGUACACCAAGGUGGAGCAGCUGAGCCUCCGGGAGCGACUGGCCCGCAUCAACACGCACACGCUCUCCAAGAAGACCACCAGGCUGAGCCAGCUGCUGAAGCAGGAGGCGGGGCUUGUACCCAAGUUGGAAGACAAGGAAUUUGAUGACUUAGAAGAGAAAUUCCACUGCGUGUCACUGUGUGUCACGGAGCUGAAGAGCAACGUGGCUGCUCACCUGGAUGCCCUGGAGGUCUUGCUCCGCUUCCGGCCGCACGAAUCCCAUCUGGACAUUCCUGGGGGGCCCGUGGCGCAGUACGGCGACCUGGCGAGAGACCUGCAGCUGCAGGCCUUCCCCCAGUUUAAGCAGCGGCUGGAAGGUCUGGUGUGGCAGCCGUUGUGCAGCCUGGCCAAAGCCCUGGCCGGCCCUCAGAACCUGAUCCGGAAGCGUCUGGACAAACUGCUGGACUUUGAGAGGGCAGAAGAGAAGCUGUUGGAGGUGGGCAGCGUGACCUAUGAGGAGGAGGCGGCCCGGCACACAUACCAGGCCCUCAACUCCCUGCUGGUGGCUGAGCUCCCGCAGUUUAACCAGCUGGCCAUGCAGUGGCUGCGCCAGAUCCUGUGCACACUUGUGACUCUUCAGGGGGACCUUGCGAAGAACGUGCUGCAGAGGGCGGAGAGCAGCUUGGCCCAGCUCCCCCACCACCACCUCUCUGAACCAGCCUUUAGGGACCUGGUGGCGGACACUCUGGACCAGGCGGGUCACCAGCUGCGCUCCUUUCAAGAGAACUUCGAGAAGGUGCUGCCACCUCCCACCACCCGGCCACUCCUUCCGGGGGCCGAACGCCAGGUGCAGGCUCUCUUGAGCAGGUACGGCCCAGGAAAGCUGUACCAGGUGACAAGCAACAUCAGUGGGUCGGGGACUCUAGACCUGACACUGCCGCGGGGCCACGUCGUGGCGCUCCUUCAAAACAAGGACACCAAAGGCAACAGCAGCCGAUGGCUAGUGGACACUGGAGGACAUCGAGGGUACGUGCCGGCCGGGAAACUGGAGCUGUACCGUGUGGCCCCCAGCGAGGAGGACCUCAGAGGGCAGGCGAAGCCUCACGAAAACUCCCGCCAGCUGGCACCAGAGCCCACACUGGCCCCGGUCCCCUCUGUCCCAGCAGUGACUCAGGUGGUGGCAGUGUGCCCCUUUGCGGCCAGAAGCAGCCAUGAAGUGAGCCUGCAGGCCGGCCAGCAGGUGACUGUCCUGGAGGCCCAGGACAAGAAGGGGAACCCGGAAUGGAGCCUCGUGGAAGUGAACGGACAGAGGGGCUACGUGCCUUCCAGCUUCCUGGCCAGGGUCCCUGGCCCAGCUCCGUGGGGCUGGAGUCUGCCCUCUUAGGGUGCCCUCCUUGGCGCUUACGUUCCAAGAGCCUUAGAGGCUGUGGCCCCAGGAAGAGGAGACGCAGAGAGCAGGCGCAGUGGAAGGGGACGUCAGGCCAGGGUGGGGUGACGGGAGCCAGAAGAGGCGGGUGGGCCUGGGGUGCUGGGGUGGGUGCGCAGGAAGGGCUCCACCAGGACGGCUUGUCAUGCCUGUGUGAAGAGGGCGUGCCAGCCUAAGUUACAACACCCUGGAUGGCAGGUCACAGCCCAUCAAGCGGGACUUGCUGUAGCUUAUGGCUGGUCUCGCCUGUGGCCCUGCCCGGGCCUGCCAGGGGAGCGGGUCACCCAGAUGCGCGUCCCCCGUGUGCUGUGUGGUGGCCUGACGGUUCACUUGCUACCGGUGGCAUAGAGGGAGGCCACGGCCGACCAGCCAGCUUCUCUUGCCCCAGCUGGAGCCGGGUUAUCUCGGACAGUGAAGGCUGGGCGCCGUGUCCAGUGGGAGGGCAGUGGAGAGGUUCCCAGGAGACGCUGGCUGGCCCCGGAGUGGGUGUGAGCAAGUCACAGCUCUGGAAUGUGUGUGGGCAAAUGCAGAGGCCGCUCCAGGGGUUUGAGGGGUGAGAGGCGGGGUGUGGGGGGGGGGGCUGUUGGCAGCAGCUGUUGGUCUUGAGUGUGAAGGCCAAGGGGCAUGCAAAUCACAGAGGAAACUGUGAGGCAGGGGUUUAAGUCCUGGUGGGCGGUCGGGACUUGGUUUCCUGUUUCUGGAAGAAAGGGACCCGGGAGAAUCCCCGGUGGUUUCAGGAGGCAGCCAAGGGCCUGGGGGAACAGUGGAGGUGACAUCACUUGGCCGUGGAACCUCAGACCUAGGACGCAACCUCGGUUUUCCACCCAUAAGGAUCUAACCCAGGCUUGUGGUGAGAAUGACACGAUGCUGAGGGUGUGGAGGCUCCUUGCAAAUCCCUGCAAAAACUGCAGGCUGCGCCGGAAGUGAUCUCAGGACGGCCUCGGCCACCAGCUGGCACGCCCCGUGUCCACGGCCAUGACUUACGUCCUUAGUCAAUGCGGCAUCCUUUCCCCAAAGCCCGGGAUCCCUCCCGGGGCUGCAUUCCAGGUAACCAGGCUGUCAGACACAGUGAGAAGAAACCCAUCAUCCCUUUGCAGAACUUAGACUCUGAAGCCCUCACAGCAGUUCCUGUGCCCGGAAGGCUGCCCACUGGGGCGUGUUGGGAGGCCCCUGCUAUUGGAUCUUCAUCUCUGGGUUGUCGCUCUGGGCUCAGAUACAUUGCAAGAUUCGCAGGAGAGGGCAAAAGGGACCCAGUGUGACUUUUAAAACAAAUUACAAAUUUUGAAACUAACCCAACUUAAGCGUGUGUGUAAAAACAGGUGGCUGUUUCGCCUUCAUUCUGAGAACGUCUCUGCAUUAUUAUAACCGUAGUGCCUAAAACUGUUAGCUCUGGGUUUUGGAGAGCCUUGAAGAAGUGUGUACCUGUCUGUGCCGGACAGUCGGUAACGUACCAGAGGACCGGGCGUGUGAAAGCGCGAAGGCUGCAGACCCGACGAGGGAGGAACGCAGCUCUUUCUCGCGGUCCCUCUCCCAGCCCCAGAUUCACUCUCCGGGAUGCCUGCGACUCGUGCCUUUCUCCUUCCUGCUCAGGUUUCUGAGACAGACAGGCAGCGCAGGGGAGCAGGUAAUGACACAGGAAAUCCACUGUGGGUCCACAAUGCUGAUGCGAGCCUGCGGUGUGCUCGAAUCCUAGCUCAGAGCUUUUCAGCAGGGCCGCCCACAGCAGUGACUGGGGCAGCUUCCAACCGCCCUGAAGCCAGGAUCUCACCCAGAGAUGCUGAUAGAAUUAGUCUGGGGUGUGUGGCCCAGCCUCAGGAAUUCAGAGAGCUCCUCAGGACCUUCUGGUGUGUGGCCAGGGUUGGGACCUCUGCUUUAGACACACAGCAGGGGAUGAAAUAGGCCUGGGAUCAGAAGUGGUCGCAAGCUGUGAGCUCGGACGGGCCCCAGCCACUCUCUGUGCUCGCUCAGAUGUUUCAAACAGGCAGCUUGAGAGAUGGUUUGAAAUAGGACAGCCUGUUUUGUUAGGUCCUAGAAUGUAUAUUUAUUAAGUGCCUUUAAAAGGGACCUGAACAGAAUUGAAUGUUCUUGUAGGCAUGAGGGAGAAAACUGAAAUAUUCUUGGAACCAAAUCUGGCUCAUGAAGGGAAAUUAAAAAUGUAUUCAGCAACGCAUGGGUUAUGGUUUCUCACAGGCCAGGGAUGAGAUGGGAGAGAAAAUGCAUGUCGAGAAGAUGGAGAAGGGCCUGAAUCUUCUCCAGGGGCUCUAAUGUCCCUCCCCCGCCCCAAACGCCUAGAACCCUUGCACUGUGUCUUCCUGAUUUCACUGCCGGGCUGCCGCAUGUUACGCUGGCUAAGGUAUUUGCCUGUGACGUGAACAAGACCUCCAGGAGCUGAAGAUGCACUCACGGUGGAGAGAGACGCCAGCCUUUGGGCCCCCGCCGAUGGUAGGCACGGGGGCAAGAUUACAACAGUGAAGGCAAGAUGCGUGAGUUCUGGGUUAACAUGGUGAGCUCUGGCGUGGUGACUGACUCUGGAAUAAAGGAUCUCAAAGGUGAAAUGAGA